AUGAAAUCGCUUUCCCCAACACAGGAACAGCUCUGCUUAUCACUCCUAGGAUGUUCUGGGACUGGUAACCACCAUGCACCAUCAUUCACACUGUAUGAACAGCAACUACAACUACAACAAUCUAUUCCCGGUAUCUUGACUGGAGUUAGAACACAAACUGACGCGUUCCAACACAACUUUGCCAUGCAUCAGGAACAAUCCAAAGCAGUGGAUCAUCUAUUCUCUUCACUUUCCAAAGUCAAUGAGCACAAGGAUAUUACAGCAGCAGGUACGAUUGAAACACAAAAUCUAAGUCUUUUAGACUUUAAACGAGAAGUCGAACAAAGCCACUAUCCCAUAUACGAACUAGCACUACAACAAGAUAGAUCAUACGUGGAAGAUCCUGCAUUCUGUCUAAAGUUUCUGCGGGCCAACAAGUACAACGUCCCGAAAGCAGUCAAGCAGAUGAUCGAUUUUCUCCGCCAGAAAGCGAUUUACUUUGGAGCGGACAAGCUUUCUCAUGACGUUACCACAGAGGACUUGAGCACAAAGGAGCUUGAGGUACUGCUUUCUGGUCAGUAUCACAUUCAAGACGCAACCGAUCCAAACGGUAGAGCGAUUAUCUACUGUUUUAAUACAAAGUUUGGACAAUGCAACGCGGAUUCUCAGAUUCGAGUCAAUUUCUACAUCUGGUACAACAUAUUGACAAACUUACCAGCGGUUCAAAGCAAAGGCGUCACAGCCGUCUAUUACGAUCUAAUGAAACCUGGAGAGAAUCUCGGUUCUCUUGGCUUAAACUCAAUGAGACAAGUUGUUGACUUCAUGUCUUGUCUCCCAAUUCACUGCUCGGAGACACAUCUUUGCCUCAAAGAAGGACAGACCCAAGGAAACCUAGCGCUGCAAAAUCUGUUUCUUGGCUUGCCAGUGACUUGCAAGGAAGGAGCUCAUUUGCACUAUGGAUCCGACCUUGAGUUGCAAAGCUUGGUGGGUGUCCACGGCAUUCCACAAGAUACAUUUCCAGUGGACGUCUUUGGAAAUAUUCGAGAAGGCCUGCGGAAUGUAUGGUUGCACAAAUACAUGAGCGAUGCUUCGUCUCGUUACUUGCUCGAAAAUCAAGGCGAUGGUGAAUCGUCGUCUGCAGCCACUACCAAAGCUACAUCGCGCCCCGCCAACGUCGUGUGGUUCAAUCAAAGCGAGAUGAUGUCCACUGAUGGUGGUUCUAGUUCUCCUGCUUCUCUAGAGCAAAAGAGAAAGUCUGCUGUCAGCAACACUUCCAAGGAUCCAAAACCCAAGCCAAAGCGCCAAAGAAUCAGUGCCGACACCGCCUCGCCUUCACUGAAAAAUAUCUCUUUCAAGAAAGCAAUCCCUGAAGAUGGCCUGAAUCUGGAUGCAAUUUGCAAAGCUUUUCUGACUGCCAAUCGAACCACCGGCGAAGCCAAGGAUCUUUCACGGCCAGACGCCGACAAGAACACAGCCAGGCGUGCAAAUGAAUCAUCACCAUCCACCAACAAAAAAGAAGAACCACCUACUCCUGUCCAACCCACUCCUACUGCUCCUGCGGUAGAGAAAAUCGGUUCGAUGGAUACUAUUUUCCGGGAGGUGUCGUUGUCCACCACGGAAACAUCAACAUCGUCACCCACCACGGAAACAUCAACAUCGUCACCACCAACAAUACCACAAACUACUAUCAAUUCUAUGUAUUCUUCACAAGAAGUGCCACAUGCUCAGUUCCCGAGCAAGUUGGAUGUCUUGUUUGGAAGAGGCAAAGCCAUUCAGAACCACUCUGGCAAUGUCAUGUUCCGCCAAUUUGUGGAAAACUUUCAGGAAGAGUACAACCGAACUAGACGUAUCGACCGACGUCAAGUGUCUGGGGAUGUCACCCAACUGUUGAUCAAGGUCAAGGGGGUUCGAUUUUGGCAGAUGUCUCGCUCGGGAGGAUGGCAGGAAGCGAGUGUGGAUGUCGCCGAUUUGAAGGUCGGGCAACUCUUGCGAACCUUUCGCAAACAACAUUUGCAACAGUUGGAGGAGGAUCAAGAGACGAGCGAGAAAGGAGAAACGGGAGGCUCACCGAACAAUACUGUAUACCAUGUAUAA